UUAUCAUCUAUGUAUAACUAAAUAGUUUUACAUACAUUAAUUUUCACUGUCUUUUUAUUUCUCAAAUAGUCUGUGUCGGGACGGCUUGGGCAAAACCGGUCACCGGUUUUCUGGGGCACCUGAAAACUGUUUUUAUCGCCGGAAGAAGAACGAGGAUGCCAUUAGAGCACUGUUUGAGCUUUGCGAGUGUGAAAAGGCUCUGACAGAGAACAGUGAAGAAAAUUGUAGUGUUUGAUUCAACCACAUUUGAAUUGUUUGGUUAACUGCAAGAACUACGGUAAAGCAUGGAAGUAACAGAAGGUAUCAGUGUAGGAGUGACUGUGAUUGGAGCUGAGACUCCAUCAAAUUAUCAUGUGAUGCCGAGGAUGGUAAACUCAACCGAGGUGCCUGCAGCACCGGCAGUGACUGCAAUGCCUGUGAGUUUGGGAAUGUCUGGAAUGGCAGAAAAGAAGAAGAGAGGUAGACCGAGAAAGUUCGGACCAGAUGGGACACUUUCCAAAGCAUUGUCACCAAUGCCAAUUUCUUCCUCAGUUCCACCACUUACUGGCGACUUCUCAUCCGGAAAGCAGAGUACACAACCUACUGGUGACUUCUCAGCAGGAACGCAGAGUACACCACCUACUGGUGACUUCUCAACCGGAAAGAGUAGAGGGCGGCCAAAGGGUUCAGUGAACAAGAAACGGCAUAGAGUUGAGUGGGAGAAUUCAAGUGAAUACUUCACACUUACUACCGGUGCCAAUUUUACGCCACACACAAUCACUGUUAAUGCUGGUGAGGAUAUAACAAUGAAGAUUCUCUCAUUUUCUCAACAAGGGCCACGAGCUAUCUGCAUUAUUUCUGCUACGGGUUCAAUUUCAAAUGUUACACUUCGACAGCCUGAUUCUUCUGGGGGUACUAUGACCUAUGAAGGACGUUUUGACAUUGUCUCACUACAUGGGUCAUUCACCCCCACAGAGGUUGAGGGAUCCAAAUUUAGUAGGGCUGGUUCCUUGACCAUAUCUUUGGCAGGCCCUGACGGCCGUCUCUUAACGGGCGUACUUGGAGGACUACUUGUAGCUGCCAGUCCUGUCCAGUUGAUACUGGGCAGUUUUCUUCCAAGUAAUCAGAAUGAGCCGAAACCCAAAAAGCAGAAAUCUGAGACUAAAGCGGCUACGACUGCUCCAAGCUCUGCUGCUAAUCCUUCUAAUGUGGUGAAGCAUCAAAAUUCAGCAACCCAAAAUCUGAAUUUUGCUUCACCUUCUACAUUUGGCACGGAUAACUGGGCCGGCAUGCAGACCAUGCAAGGCCCAGGAAAGUCUACCACCGACAUCAACAUAUCUUUGCAUGGAGAAUAAUCUGAUGGACUUAGCCAAUUUCCAUAUUUUGAGGCUCCUUGAUCUUGUAAUGUCAAAUUGCAAUUUGGUUACUAUUAGUUAGUGUAGGUUGGAACUACACAGUUUAUUAUCUAUUAGCAGGUUUAUGUAUUUCUUUGUUGUAGUUAGGCAGGAGUUCAGAAUAAUAGGGUGGUUAUGUAGGCCUCUGCUGCAAAGACACUGCUUUUAAAUUUUAUCGGCCGACUUUCCAGUACGAUUUUAUCAUGUACAAUUUGGUAUUUUGUUUAUGCAUGUUGUGCUUCCAUGCAUGGUAGAUGCUACCUUCUAAAGGUGGUAAUCCCAUGUUGUUUCUCUCUCUAGGUUGCUAAUCAUAA